AUGAGCGACUCGUUCUCGUCUUACUCGUUCAGCAACUCGUCUGUUGUGGACGAGAAGGGUCGACGAGUGGCAAUGACGCGUCGCCGCUACGAAGACUCCACUGGUCAUCUCAAAGCGGUGCAUGAACGAGAGAUCGACGGAAAGAAAAUACGCAUGACCUGGCGACAGCAAGGCAAGGAAGAGAAUGGACAGCACGAGUCCAUUUGCUCGAGCGGUAGUCCGGAGGAGUUCGAAGCACUGUGGCAGCAGACGCCGUUUGGUGCGGCACAGAAGAAGUCAGCGAAAGGCCAGCUGCAGGCUGAGUCGGACGUCGGUCAAGAGGCGAUAUCGUUGGCGACAUCUGCUCCAAUGGAGAACACUACUGUCCAUGGAAAGUCAAUGGAGAUGACAUCGACAGAGAACUGUGCGGAGGUAGAGACACAAAAGAAGCACAACGAGCAGCGUCCGAUGGCAUGA